UGUUCGAAAUUAUUGUUUUUCUCCUUUUCAGCAAUAUCCUGCCAUCAAUGUGAAAACAGUUCAUCUCUUCAUGAAUGCCAAAAAAAACAAGUCGACGUACAUUGCCCCACACCUUUACACUACUGCGCAAAAAUUAAGUAUGAAUCGACAACAAGAGAGGGCAAAAUACAAACGACUUAUCGCAAGGGAUGUCUUACCAAAGAUCUGUGUAAUGUUACCAGUGGAAAGAUUGUAGAUUGCUGCAACGGCGACAAGUGUAAUACAAGUAAGAAGAAAUUAUUUUUUAUUCUACAGAAUAGCAUACUUUUCAAUCUCGCUGCCAGGGACUUCUCGUUUUCAAAAUGGCGGUGGCAUAUUAGAAAACGAGAAGACCCUUGAACGAGGUUUUCACAGUUUGAGUCUUGUUUAAAAAGAGGCUGCCUAGCCGUAAGUAGUGUAGUAGGGAUGUUUAAGGCUUCCAUUUUGCGGGAGAAAUCUCAUUAAGCUGCGGGGAAUACAUUUACGCUAAUAACAGCUUAGACUUUUGUCUUUAUAUCAUGAGUUAAAUGCGUGGUAAUCUCUUUAAGAUAACAUGGAUGCCUUAGGGUGGAUUAACUGGUUUGACAGGUUUUUAGAUUAUUCUUAGGUCAAAGAAUGCCUGGUUUUUGAUUGGGUAACUAAAACCUAAGAAAAGUAUUCAUUGGUUUAUUCAUGUUAUCGAAGGAGUAAGCGCUAACUGGCUUGUGACUUAAUAGAGACCUUCUGGGUAUUGCCCACGCGUGAACCAGCGUCAUUUUGGCGGGAAAACGUGAUAGCUUUCUUCAUUCUACUACGAGUUUUAGCAAGAAUGUCGUAGUGGCGGGAAAAAGUAAUCAAAUAUAAGAGGUUUUAUCAGUUUUGCCAUCGGGAGAGUGCUUAAUCUUCUUCAGUAUAAACAAACGUACUAACUUUUUUAGCGGAGCUCCUUGCGCGUGCGAAGCGCGCGCGAGCGGAGCACCAUAACUAAGAUAAUUUGGUAAACUAGAGAGAAAUUUGGGUUAUGACGUUUGCGUACGUCCGUCCGUACGGACUUUCCGGGUGGUGGAAAGUAGGCCACAUGGACUAUUGGGGUAGGGGAAAUCGCAUGGCGCAACGUCGCGCAAUUAUAUCGCGCAAGUGGUUUUGAAAAAAGAAAUUUCAAAGCAACUUAGCAAAAAGAUUUUUCGACAGAGCUUUUAUAACUUUUUAUUACAACUUACGAAAGCUGUUAUGUCAACAAACAACAGCAGAGAGAUUUUAGCGUGUGGACGACAGGUUUUAAGCAGAGAGCAAAGAGAAGGUGAAGGGCAGAGAGCAAGAGUUAACACGCGUAGAGCAAGCGAAGACGAUCGCCAAACAGAGCGCGUUAGAAGUAGAAUAAGAAGACAAAAUUUUAGCGAAGAAAGUCGGCAAGUAGAAAGAGUCAGAGCGAGAAGAAGGAGAGAAAAUUAUAGUGAAAAACGCCAGAGCUAGAAUGAACAGACAAAGGCAACGCGAAAGAGAAAUACAAAGGCAAAGAGAACGGCAGCAAAGUAAUGACAUGAUGACAGAAAGUGUUGUGUUAAUGUCACUAUGGCCCCGCGCUAUUAACAUUUUGAUUUCAAACUGAUAUUCGGACGCGAAAAUUCAUUUAAAAGUCAUUUUAAAACUACAAGCAGGGAAGACAAAGACUUUUCACUUUUCUCACCAUAGUCACGUGUUGAUCACGCUCUACGACCGUCCAAUUUUUAUGCUCUGAUUGGUCAAAAUUUGACAGGUGACUUUAUGCAGAAAAUUUAUACAGCAUCUUGAACCUUGUUUGCUUUGACAGCUGAAGCUGACAGAGUAUUUUGUCAACUUGUGAUGUUUUUUACUGUCUUUUUCCACUGGAUGCUUAAAAUGAAAUACAGCUGCUAUCAACAGUCUUCUUUGACAAUUCAAUUCAUCUUUAUCUCAUACAACCAUUUUUCCAAAACUUUGUUUAUGGCGACGUAGUUUAUGUUCAAACUUGGCAGGUAUUGACCCUGAAAAACUGUACCGAGCCACCUUAGACUCAGGAUUUUUAGAGACGCUUUAAUACUUAUCUCCGUGAAUGAAAAUUGUUGUCUCUGUAAAUGUUUCACCGAAUUACAUUUCUUUUAUUGAUUGUUAGUAGUCUCUUGCAAUUUUAAUCGCUUUGCCGUUUGUUUUCAGUCGUUCAUAAACAACGCUUGCAGGAGUACUCAAAAUGCCGCGCGUAUCAAACGCUUUUUAAGAUUACACAUCGUUAUAAAACCAUUAAAUAAAUAAAAAAUUAACACAAUAAAUUAUUUAUUAUGUUGAAGCGUAACUCUUUUAAUAUUCACUGAAAAUUUGGCGCUUGUGAUUUUGAAAAUUUUUUGAACGGUUUUGCUAAAAGCCCACGCGUGCUUCGUACGGUUCUGAAUAUUGAAUGAAUGCAAUUUGUCUUGAAAAAUUGUGAAAUACUGCAUUUUGUCUGAGGUCAGUAUGAUAAAAACAGCGCCUCAUAUUUUUGUUUCACCUCAGAUGUGAUGUAUAAAAAGUAUGAAAUGUUGGUUUACAGCCUCCCAGAGUUGUUGGCAAGAUUUUUGUUGAGUAAAAUUGUCGAACGCGAAAAAUUCGGCCUGAGUUGUGUUCCAAGAAUUCGUUUUCCAGGCGUAAUCCUACUGUGAUCAAGAGCCAUUACGGCUCUUAAAUGUGAUGGAAGAUGAUUGCUAUUUUUGGGUGUAUAUGUACGGCUAUCAAUUCGACGUAAGAUUUUUUUUCACUCUAAAAUCACUUAACCCUAGCUUUCCCUAAAAAGUCACAUAUGUGCCCUUAAGUUAACUGAUUUGUGGAUUACAAGUUUAUUGUUUGAUUUAAACUAUAAAUUUAAGAAUGGGAGCUGCCCUUUUAGCCCUGGCUAAAUCUAUAUAUUAGUGAAAAAAAGAGACCCCAGAAAGCUUCAUUUUGAUUUUUUCAUUUUGACGCACAAAAACUUUAAGUUAAAUCCCGUACUCGUACUCCAUCUCGUCCUCAAAUCUUAAGCUCUCUAAGAUCACUGAGUCGUAACGUAAUUAUACAAAUUCAUUUCCUGUCGCUUUCAUUAUCCAUUGAGGAAAACGAAUUGUUCCUGCUCUGGUUCACCGAUUUUUGUCACGAAAAUAGUGCAGAUUAUUGAGGGCGAAAGUAAACUAGCUAUUUCAACCACGAAAUGCAUUUUUUCUUAAUUAUUAGAAUGUAGAAUGUAGUGGUAGUGGUGACGGUGGUGGUGAAGGGAAAACAAUGGAAAUGUGGUGGAGGAGGUUGUGGGAAAAGAAAAAAAUGUAUAGAAGCAGGAAGUGGGGGGAGAAGACUUGGGAUGGAAUACUUUGGGACCAUUAUCCAGAUGAUUGAUCUAAGUAACUCGUAAUGAUGCAUCAGUGAAACCAAUGAAUCCACUUUGGACAAGGAUUCAUCGGUCGCUUUGGUGCACUAUGAUCGGGGUGAUCUCGGGUCACCGAUCCUGAUCCGGAAAAUCCCGAAGGAACGCAACCUUAUGCGGUUACUUUCCUCGCAAUUCUUUGACGAGGCUAAGGCGAAAAAAAAAAAAAACUCUCCGAAAAUUCACUUUUUCUUCAUCUCAGUUAGACAGUGACCCUUUAUAAAAAAUGCAUUUCGUCGCUAUUUUAGACUCAGGUCCGCGGUGCUACGAAUGUACAGAUCCUGUAAAGUUUGAAGAAUGCGCAGUAGGUCAGUGCAUUUUCAACGAUGGGAAGUGUUAUUUCUUUGGAGAGCAACAAGAUCCCUUUAUUUACAAUAAAUAUGGAUGCAUUCAACCACAAUAUUGCAAUAAAAUCGCGGAGGAUGGAAACGUAAUACACUGCUGUGAAGGAAGUUUAUGCAAUAAAGGUUGGUAAAAGAGAAAUACUAUAUUCUUUAGUAUGCCAAUGACGUUUUUUCAAAAAUAAUUUGCGUUUGUCAUUCGCCGCUUUAGAAUCGAGAAGGGACGUGGGCCGAGUUAAGUUUUGCAAAGACUUCUGGGACUAUUACUGGGAUUAGUAACAGUNGCUCUUCCGGUCGUGCAGUGGAUUGGAUUGCAUAACGGAAAUCAAAAGGGAAAAAAGGCCUGCUCGCCCCGGGGGGGGGGGGGAGUGCUCACCAAAGUUUUAUACAGGGAGGCUCGGUCCCAGGGUCCAACCCCUCACCCUUUAAUAUGCCAUUUUUGACAGAAACGAUAGCCCUUUCGUAUACUUGCCAUUGACAAAUGGUAGUACACCUAGUUUACAACUUAAUUAAAAUUACAGCGUCUUGUCAAAGAAAUAUAUCUCUAAGCAUCAUAUCAAACGUUACUAAAAACAAAAAUCAACUUUGAAGAACUGUUAGCGGCUUACAAUUGUAAAGCCGUUUCAGUCUUAUUCAAGUUUGCCAAUCCGUUUCUCCUUUUGUAUUUGCAGUGUUAUCCAUAUCGACAAUUUUUCAUGUUUUUUCAGAUGUUUUGGGCGGUUUAUUUUAUGUUUUACCAAGUCUGGUGAUGGUUCCCACUGUUUGAAUUUUGAUUAAUCUAGUGACACAGCUCCUUUAACUAUUCCUUUCUGAUCAGAUAUUUCAAUCUUUUGUUUUCUAUUUCAUUGCAAAAUUCGGAUCAAUCUGGGUUUCUGGGAAUCUGCCCACCUACCCCUCCCCUAAGCCAUAUCACUCACUUCUCACUUAGGGCAAAAUGUUGGCUUAGGGGAGGGGAAGGUGGGCAGUUUCCCAAAAACCUAAAUUGAUCCCAAAAUUCUACAGUUACCAAACCCAGGAGUAUCACGGUGAUUUACAUAUCUGUUGGUGCUGCCCUCGCUGUGCUGCUGUUGGGUGCUGCUAUUUUCAUCUGGUGCUACCGGAGAAGACGAAAAAAGGAGGUUUAUGGGUUUGUAAAGUUCUUCGUUCUUACCGUCUAAAACAGGAGCCCAUAACCCGGAGCGAGCAACUUCCAUGCGCUUGUGUGACGGCGUUUUCACGGACCAGUUUAUUUUUAGAACGGUUUUGGCACGAAUGUUGGAUAUCUUUUAAAUUUCACAAAACCAGUCAGCAAAACCUACAGACCUGAAAAUGAUAAAUUCUGCCUUUUAAUACAUUUAGUUUUCCUUUUUGAUAUCUUAUACUUCGAAUGCGCUCAUAGAUAUGGUGGAGUUUUUUUUUUUUUCGCGGGAAAAAGUGCCCUAAAAUGUGCCUUAAAAUAAACUGGUCCGUUGAAACGCCGUGACAUAGGCCUAGUAUGGAAGUUGCUCUCUCCGGAUUAUGGGCUCCUGAUAAAACAUGCUAAAAUUUACAUAAUGUAGUACCUUAUUGGUACUUAAUUUCGAGGGUACUUGGAUUCGAGAUUUUGGCGAGACAGUAUUUCGCGGGGUUUUACUUUCGCGAUUUCAAUACGCAACUAUGAGAAAAGGGCAUUAAAUUUCGCGAUUCACCAGUUCUCUACUAUAUAAUAUAAUAGGUGAAGUAUUAAAGAUUUACAGAUAAUAGAUUUAUUCGAAUCUCAGAUCAAGAUGAUAGUUAAGUUCCCUACCGGCAUAUGUGAAAUCUUUACAAAUUAACGUAACGUUUUAUGUUGCGUUUUAUGGAACUUACCUGUAAAACCAGUUAACAAAUUGGGUAUGCGUCGAUACAUAUCCUGCUGCAUAUGUUGGUGUUACUACAAGUUAAUAAUUUAUUUCUGGGAUUUUAGUUCGCGUGUUUAAACUUCGGGAGGAUUUUUAUUCGCGGGUCUUUAAUUUCGCGAUUUUUCUACAAUCGCGAAAAACACGAAAUUUAAAUCUCGUACCCAGAUCUCAAUCUGUCUUACGCUGAACCCUUGGCCGUGGGAAAUCGGGGUACGAGAUUUUCUGAUUGCAAAAGAAAGAGUGUUUUAUUGUCUUCCUUUUUUUUGCAGAUCAUAUCUUUCACAGCGAUCGAUCAAUCCCCUGGACCGGUGGGAAAUUCUUCGCGAGCAAAUAGAAUACGACGGGGAGCUGGGGCGAGGAGCGUUCGGUGUGGUUUACAAAGCAAUGCUUUGGGAAAGAGUUGGAAUAGAGGUGUUUAGCACAGAGAUUUCAAAACGGAAACUGUUAUCCAGCAAGACGGAGCCUCGGGUGGUUGCUGUCAAGGUUUUACUUGGUGAGACUAAAAACGAAAUUAAUGCAUGACCAUACAAAUAAUAAUAAAAAAUGUUUUCAUUUUCUCGUUAUAUUACCAGCUCUAGGCAGGUGUUUCGGAAUUACUACUUAUGCCCAAGAUGCAAGAACCGAGUUACGACAUUUGUAAAGGAAUAACUUUUAUUUUGAAGCCAAAACUCUGGAAUCGGUGCUUAUUACGACGCACAACAUUAUUCGAGUGAUCUGUUAUAUAGAUGAAAAUUUUGAAGCUAGAAAUUUAUUAAACCUGGCAGAAUGGCGGUCGUCGGUCAACAUUCGCGGGUAACAGUCCACUGUUACCCUCUGACCUCAUAGAUUUUGCAAUAUUGCCUGCUGAGAGAUUUUGGCGGGAAACAGUUUCAUUGCUAGAUGUCCUUGACCACGAAGUAAACCAAUGAGAGUGCUCGCUGUUAAAAAAAAUUCCAGCUAUAUAACAAUAUACACAUAAUGUCAGAUCCCGAGGGGAACAGUUAGUUUUUAUUUUCCCGAGAGUCCUGUUUUUUGAGUCAGGAAUCGAGGGAAAACAAAACUAACUGGUUUCCAGAGGGACCUGACAUUAAGUGUUUUGUUAUAUUGCUAGACUGUCACUUCAACAGCGACAAAAGCAUAACUGAUAACCGAAGCGAAUCAAAACAGUCCACUCGGUUCUUAUAAGAACACAAAUUUAAUUCUCAAAACCACUGGAUGAAUGUUUUUCCAAGUACUUUCCUUAUAUUAUCUGCAUCUCCUUCCUCCCCUAGCUGCUGUUUCUCUUUAGGGGUAACUUCGAAAAUCGUUGUUUUUAGCCUGAGGCUUCAUGGUUGUGUUGUGGGCUCUUGUUGUGUGAAAACUAGCAGUGUUUUUCCCGCCUUCUGUCACGCCACUUUCCACCAUGCUUUGAUCACGUGCUGUAAUAUAUCCCGAGCGGAGAACUAUUGCUCAAAUGUAUCACAAUCGGGAUACAUUUGAUUUUUGUCAAGGCCACGUGACCAAGAAUUAACCAAUGGCAAACCCUGUUUAGUUGAGUGAAAGUCUAGAAAUAUAACAAUGGACGUUGUUAACCACGUUGUUAACGUUCGAUGUUGUCGUAAUAAUCGUAAUAAAGCAUAACCACGCGCUUCUUAACAAUCUCUUAGUACACAUGUUGAUACGAAAAAGGCUCGUUUCAUCACAAGAUAAAAAAUCAUUGACACCUCACGUUGUGCAUGACAUGAUCCAUAUGGUUGGGUUCGCCACUUUACAAACGAGAAGGAAACUGGGCCGAGUUAACUUGCGCAAAGACUGCAGGGACUGUUAUUGGGAACAAGGGAAAAAAUGGCCAAUAGCUGACCUGCGCGUGCGCGAAGCCUUUGCAAAAGCUAACUCGGCCCAGUCUCCUCCCCGUUUCUAAAGUGGAAGUCGAAUUUAACAGAAAAAGUACCGUGCCAAUACGUUUUGAUGUGUUUAGAUAAUCCUAGCGCAGCACAGAAAGCAGAAUUCCAGUUUGAGAUCGAGCAGAUGAAGCAGUUGGGUUCACAUCCGAACGUUGUUUCCUUGGUUGGUUGCUGCACGCUUCAGGAUGAAAAGUUCCUGGUGAUAGAGUAUGUUCCUUUUGGGGAUCUGCUGACAUGGUUACGCUGCAGAAGGAACAGGGUGAGAAAAUGAGAAAUUUCUACAAUGUUCUUUGAACUUUGAAAAAAAGGAAAAGGACUCGCCUCGUUAAAAACGAGAAGGAACAUUCCCGGUUUUCCCCUUUUUUUCGAUUGCGAAAUAUUAAGUAUUUUCGCGUUAUUUCCCCCUUAUUUCUCCCUCUUCUGACCCUAUUACAGCACCCGCCUGCCGCCCUUUCCUCUUCCGCUUUCCGUACCCCGCCUGCCUCCUAUUCUCCCGAUCCUGGGUUCGCACCACACUUGUCCUCCUCAAUUUUUAGCUCUGAGUUCUCAUUUCAGAACGCUAUGAUGCAGCUAGAAACUUUAGCUUGGACCCAUUUGUUAAUAACAAGUACGUUUUGCUGCGUGAACAAAAUAUGACGCUAUACUUAGCAUUAGAGGCGAGUUGUUUUCACUUUUUGAUGUUGCUGAAUCUUGUAGAUCUACAAACGCCAAACUUCCAAGAAAAUCUACGACGACAAAGUGGGUUUGAAAGAUGACGGAGACGCCAAAAAUCAGGUAGGGGUAAAAUAAACGCUAUGUUCAAAUGGUCUGAAAAUUGCAAUCAGAAGUUUUAAGCUUAUGUGUAACUAAAUCACAUGCUUUGAUGUCCAAUAAAACGGUUUGAGGACAAUAAAACGGUUUUUGUAUGCGAUAAGCAUGGCUUAGCCUGUAGAGUGUCGAGUCAAUGAGUGGCCUAGACAGACCAUUGGGGCUUAUUAUGUUGACAGUGCCAUAUUAAGUCCAUUUUCGCGAGCAUCUAUUCGUAUCCUACAGUACCAUCAUGUACAUAAUCUAAGAGUAUAAUAGUCACAGCUUAUGACAUAACAUUUUCGAGGAAAUGGAUUGGCCGGGGUACAUUAUCUUGUUCUGAUGUAUCUGUUCAUUAUUAAAAAAUUGGACUUUACAAAACUUAGCUCUGUUAAGGUAAUUAUAUUCUUAAAUCAGGGAGAGCGAAUUCGUCUGAAUAGGUUGACACAAUUGCAUAAAUUUCGACCUGAAACUGAUCUCGUUACUAACAGAAAUUAAAGUGACCUUAGAAGGCCUGGCAUCAAAGCAGUUAAAGAGCUUAUCUAGUUUAGUUCCCAAGCAUGUAACAAAGUUAUCGUAUCAUAUCGUUUUUUCUCUUUGAGGUACAAGAUAAAGAAGAGGAGAAGCAGGUGAGUACGGAAUUCACUCCGUUAUUACAAGAUGACAAUGAGGACAAGAUGGACAAGAUGUUGUGUGAGAAUGUAAGAACGAACGGCUUGACCAUUUUAUAAACUAACCUCAAUUUUGCUGUCAUUUCCUUGAAAGAGUAAAACUUCUCUCAAUGUUUAAUUCAACAGGGGCACCCAACAAGAAUAUAGUUCAAAAUCACUUAAACAUGCAUCAUAUUUUAGUAUUUAAACGGUAGAUAUAGGCAUAUUUUUGUCCCCUAAAAACUUUUCAUCUGUUCGGAAUUCCUAGCUUGAAUCAUAAUUGCGAUUCCGGAUUCCAAAGCCCAGGAUUUCGGAUUUCUCAAGCACAAUUUUCCAAGAUUUCGGGGUCCAUACGCUAAAAAUUCCUCGGAUUCCGAAUUCUGGAAUCCCCAUUUCCUUACAUGCAGCGAACUCUUCCCCUGCAGGAUAAGGUAUUCAAAACUAACAGCGACGAACAGCAAACAGUCCCUUCCGCACCGAUGGAAAAUCAGCACGCCCCCGCCCUGUUAGCCUCAAGGGAAAGUUUGGCCGAAGAUCUCACUGAUGACGAGGUGUCGUUUUCCACCGAUCAAAACAUCUUUUCAUUUGUUCAGGAAAUGGCGAAGGAAAAGGUAAUAAUAGGUAUAUAUAUAUAUUUUUUAAAUAGCUUGGUCUUUUGAGAGCUACACCUCUUUUACUGUCACUGGAACCAGUGGUGGCAUCGCAGAAUUAGAGCUGUUUUCUCAGGCUACUUUUUAAUUUCUUUACGGAUUUUGACUUCACACAGGAAAGCAAGAAUGCUAAGCAACAGGUGGAGCAAGAGCAGACACAAAUGAACAUGGAAAUGACUCCAUUAUUGCAUGAUGACGGUAACGUCAUUAGAGAGGAAGCCCAGAUGACCUCUGAGAAUCUCUUUGAUGUAAACUUUUUUAAAUUCAUUUCAUUUUAUCCUUUAAAAUAUGCGAGAUUACACAACAUUUAGUCCCAUCUUACCGUUUUUAAGACGUUGCUUAUUUAAAAUGCGCGUAGAAAAAACAAACAAACAAAUAAACAAACAUCACACUGCCAUUUUGUUCAUAUAUUCCUUCUUCACAAAGCACUUCUGUAGUCUCUGUAUAUUCUCCCCCGACGAUGUCACCUUAAAGCAAAAAGAGCCACCGCAUAUGCAACUGUCAAAAGGCCACAGCCGCCCAUUUACAUGUUGUAACAAUUAUUCUUUGAAUUUGAGGUGAAUAGUUGGUAAAUAUUUACCGAGCCGCGAAAGCGGCAAGGUAAAUAUUCCCAACGCCACUAUUGACUGAGAUUGAAAAGAAUAAUUGUUUUAGUAUAUACACACGAAGUGAUCUCAACAAAAUCAGAGAGAAAACCAUUAAAAAGUACGAUUUGAUUGACAGAUCAAAUCACGCGUAAGUUUAAAAAUAGAUCUUUGCAGAAUUUUCAAACAUGGGAAUUCACAAGUUUAUUUUGCUGCACGCUUCAGGAUGAAAAGUUCCUGGUGAUAGAGUAUGUUCCUUUUGGGGAUCUGCUGACAUGGUUACGCUGCAGAAGGAACAGGGUGAGAAAAUGAGAAAUUUCUACAAUGUUCUUUGAACUUUGAAAAAAAGGAAAAGGACUCGCCUCGUUAAAAACGAGAAGGAACAUUCCCGGUUUUCCCCUUUUUUUCGAUUGCGAAAUAUUAAGUAUUUUCGCGUUAUUUCCCCCUUAUUUCUCCCUCUUCUGACCCUAUUACAGCACCCGCCUGCCGCCCUUUCCUCUUCCGCUUUCCGUACCCCGCCUGCCUCCUAUUCUCCCGAUCCUGGGUUCGCACCACACUUGUCCUCCUCAAUUUUUAGCUCUGAGUUCUCAUUUCAGAACGCUAUGAUGCAGCUAGAAACUUUAGCUUGGACCCAUUUGUUAAUAACAAGUACGUUUUGCUGCGUGAACAAAAUAUGACGCUAUACUUAGCAUUAGAGGCGAGUUGUUUUCACUUUUUGAUGUUGCUGAAUCUUGUAGAUCUACAAACGCCAAACUUCCAAGAAAAUCUACGACGACAAAGUGGGUUUGAAAGAUGACGGAGACGCCAAAAAUCAGGUAGGGGUAAAAUAAACGCUAUGUUCAAAUGGUCUGAAAAUUGCAAUCAGAAGUUUUAAGCUUAUGUGUAACUAAAUCACAUGCUUUGAUGUCCAAUAAAACGGUUUGAGGACAAUAAAACGGUUUUUGUAUGCGAUAAGCAUGGCUUAGCCUGUAGAGUGUCGAGUCAAUGAGUGGCCUAGACAGACCAUUGGGGCUUAUUAUGUUGACAGUGCCAUAUUAAGUCCAUUUUCGCGAGCAUCUAUUCGUAUCCUACAGUACCAUCAUGUACAUAAUCUAAGAGUAUAAUAGUCACAGCUUAUGACAUAACAUUUUCGAGGAAAUGGAUUGGCCGGGGUACAUUAUCUUGUUCUGAUGUAUCUGUUCAUUAUUAAAAAAUUGGACUUUACAAAACUUAGCUCUGUUAAGGUAAUUAUAUUCUUAAAUCAGGGAGAGCGAAUUCGUCUGAAUAGGUUGACACAAUUGCAUAAAUUUCGACCUGAAACUGAUCUCGUUACUAACAGAAAUUAAAGUGACCUUAGAAGGCCUGGCAUCAAAGCAGUUAAAGAGCUUAUCUAGUUUAGUUCCCAAGCAUGUAACAAAGUUAUCGUAUCAUAUCGUUUUUUCUCUUUGAGGUACAAGAUAAAGAAGAGGAGAAGCAGGUGAGUACGGAAUUCACUCCGUUAUUACAAGAUGACAAUGAGGACAAGAUGGACAAGAUGUUGUGUGAGAAUGUAAGAACGAACGGCUUGACCAUUUUAUAAACUAACCUCAAUUUUGCUGUCAUUUCCUUGAAAGAGUAAAACUUCUCUCAAUGUUUAAUUCAACAGGGGUACCCAACAAGAAUAUAGUUCAAAAUCACUUAAACAUGCAUCAUAUUUUAGUAUUUAAACGGUAGAUAUAGGCAUAUUUUUGUCCCCUAAAAACUUUUCAUCUGUUCGGAAUUCCUAGCUUGAAUCAUAAUUGCGAUUCCGGAUUCCAAAGCCCAGGAUUUCGGAUUUCUCAAGCACAAUUUUCCAAGAUUUCGGGGUCCAUACGCUAAAAAUUCCUCGGAUUCCGAAUUCUGGAAUCCCCAUUUCCUUACAUGCAGCGAACUCUUCCCCUGCAGGAUAAGGUAUUCAAAACUAACAGCGACGAACAGCAAACAGUCCCUUCCGCACCGAUGGAAAAUCAGCACGCCCCCGCCCUGUUAGCCUCAAGGGAAAGUUUGGCCGAAGAUCUCACUGAUGACGAGGUGUCGUUUUUCACCGAUCAAAACAUCUUUUCAUUUGUUCAGGAAAUGGCGAAGGAAAAGGUAAUAAUAGGUAUAUAUAUAUAUUUUUUAAAUAGCUUGGUCUUUUGAGAGCUACACCUCUUUUACUGUCACUGGAACCAGUGGUGGCAUCGCAGAAUUACAGCUGUUUUCUCAGGCUACUUUUUAAUUUGUUUACGGAUUUUGACUUCACACAGGAAAGCAAGAAUGCUAAGCAACAGGUGGAGCAAGAGCAGACACAAAUGAACAUGGAAAUGACUCCAUUAUUGCAUGAUGACGGUAACGUCAUUAGAGAGGAAGCCCAGAUGACCUCUGAGAAUCUCUUUGAUGUAAACUUUUUUAAAUUCAUUUCAUUUUAUCCUUUAAAAUAUGCGAGAUUACACAACAUUUAGUCCCAUCUUACCGUUUUUAAGACGUUGCUUAUUUAAAAUGCGCGUAGAAAAAACAAACAAACAAAUAAACAAACAUCACACUGCCAUUUUGUUCAUAUAUUCCUUCUUCACAAAGCACUUCUGUAGUCUCUGUAUAUUCUCCCCCGACGAUGUCACCUUAAAGCAAAAAGAGCCACCGCAUAUGCAACUGUCAAAAGGCCACAGCCGCCCAUUUACAUGUUGUAACAAUUAUUCUUUGAAUUUGAGGUGAAUAGUUGGUAAAUAUUUACCGAGCCGCGAAAGCGGCAAGGUAAAUAUUCCCAACGCCACUAUUGACUGAGAUUGAAAAGAAUAAUUGUUUUAGUAUAUACACACGAAGUGAUCUCAACAAAAUCAGAGAGAAAACCAUUAAAAAGUACGAUUUGAUUGACAGAUCAAAUCACGCGUAAGUUUAAAAAUAGAUCUUUGCAGAAUUUUCAAACAUGGGAAUUCACAAGUUUAUCAUUUCUCAAACAACAGCGUAAUGGCUUAAAUGGAACCGCUAAAAGUUUGAAUUGUUUCUUUACCUGAUAAGAAAAGUACAGCUAUGUUGUUUUGUGUUGACUCGCCAAGUAUAUAGCCAAAAGGGCUUGUUGUGUCGUUCUUCGCAUGAAGUGCUGACAAAAAUGGCGGCUCGGUUGCUCGGGGUAAGACGUCGUCUUCCUGUAUCAUUCUUUUUCCUGUUUACUUGAAACGUAGAAUUUCUGCAAACAUUUCCUUUUAAAUUUGUUUGUCAUAAAUAGACUUCGAUUUUUGAGCCAAAAUUUUCUUGUUAGAAAACGCUGAGUUCACGAAACGGCUUCUUGUACGCGAAUACAAGGGAGUUGUAAACAAUCCGUCGAGCACAAAACUCAGCUACAGUAAAUUGAAAAACGCCGUAUUAAAUCUUUCCAAGUCUUUUCUUGCCUUAAAAAAAGUCAGCCCUAGGAUUUUGUCGACUUUUAAAAGAUCGUUCUCUAAAAAAAUGGGAAAAACACCGAGCUCACACAUUAUCCACUCGCUAGGAGGUGAACAUUGUUGAAUAGUCCGAGAUAGCGAACCAAUCAGAUUGCUUAAAUCACCAAGAUCACUGAGUGUGUAUAUACUAAUACUUAACAUUCCAUUAAUAGGCCAUUUGCACUAAGAGGCAUGUGACACCGUUUUUAUGAAAAUGAAAGUUAAAUAUGAUUUUGCCUUCGAAAAACGAUUAGUGGGUCAUAUCUUAAACAAAAUAGUGGUGAUUUGGUUUUUCAAACCCGCACCAUUUUCUUAAAAUGAAUAAGUUCAUAAAUGGCCACGUGACCAAAAUGUGAUUUUUAAAAUUAUGAAUUAUCUCUCUCUGAACACAAAUUUUGCACUUAAACUUCAAGGAAAAUGUUGAAAAGAUGAUGUGAUAACGUUUACAGCACAUUUGAGCGUAACUAUGAAACUUUGAACAAGAUAUAAGCAAGAAGUAGUUUUGGCCGCCAUGUUGGAGGGCAAGAGCAUGCCCUCCAACAUGGCGGCCAAUACAAAUCAUACUACUUUGCUGAAAAAUCAAAGUGCCACAAAAUAUCUCCCUUAAAUGCGUUUCCUCUCAAAUUUCGGGUGUAAGAUAAUUUUUGUGUGCUCUAACAAUUUUUGGCAUCAGCAAGAUUCCAACUCAUUGUUUAAAGGAAGCAUUGGUCACGUGACCUCUUAGUGCAAGUGGCCUAUUAUAGUAAUAAACAAGUAUACUAGUUUCCAAUAAUUUUCACGCCGUUAGUUUUUCAGCCGUUGUGUUGUUAACUACAAAAUAAUCUGCUGAUGUUUAUAAUAAACAUUUUUCUCAAUUUCCAUGUCCAUUUGACCCAUCUGAGACAACAAAACAGUCGUCAAAGGCACUAACUCGAGGAGUAAGAUUUUCGCGCGAAGCGCGCGAGCCUCACACGGCUGAGGGGCGUCCUUUCAGACCUUUCAUUCAACCGCACGCGCGCGCUUUCCUGAUCUAUACAUUCUAGACCCUUCUUGACAUGUUUUGCACUAUUUGUGCAUUUAGGAUAAGGGAUUGGAAGAGUUCACUAAAGAACAGUUGAACAUGUCAAACAACCCACCCGUGGAAAGUCAGCACACAGAAUCGAAGCUGCCUUUGGGUGAAAGUCUCGAGGAAGAUCCACAAGACGAGGAGGAAAGCUUUUCUACUCGACAGCUCUUUAAAUUUGCAUGGCAAAUAGCCAGGGGAAUGGUAGCUACUGUAUUUGUUUACAUGUUAUCAUAUUUGACUAGAGAGUUAGCCUUUAAAAAUGGACGCUGAUUUCAAAGGCGAACUGUAUGGGGCAUAUAUAUAUUGAGAAAGUAGAAUUUCCCUACAGGAAUUUACCUGCCCUCAAGAAAAGUACCAAGUUUUCUGAUAAAACCACUCUUGAGCGCAAAACAGCCAAAUCUGGCUAAAUGCCAUAAAAUGAAAUCAGGUGAAAAAAUCAGCAAAAGACGAGUUUUACGAAAUGAGCUUUUCUGCAGUUUUGGUAUCUUGAAAGCAACCACACGAUCUGCCAACACGCUGUUUUACGCCCAUUUCGGUUCCUUGAGCUCUCGGUUUUCUUCCAGAGUAGCCUACCCUCGAUCUUCCCACAUUUUUAUUCAUUUAAAGAUAUUCCCUUGAUGUACUCUCGUGACAUGAAGCCGACUUCGAAAACCUCGAUCGAAACUCAGGUACCUAGGCCUGGGCGUGACUUUUGAAACACUGAAAAUACCAGGGGAACCGAGAAACGGCGGCGAUUGUACGAUGAACAACAACUUAAGAGGACUGAAAAGCAAUUCAACCAUCGUCAUACAAAACGUUAUAGGAAAAAUGCAGCUUGGACGCCAGACUUUUCGUAUUAAAAGUUAUUAACGAAUUUUAAUUCGCUGACCAUAGUUAGUCGAGACGGGUUUCAUUACCAUUCCACUUUAAUAACUAUGGCUCAACUAAAGUCACUUUAAUUAUUUAUUCUACAAAAUUUCAAAAGUCAGGAACAACAAGUUAAAGACAAAACUGAAUAUUUCGAUCGAAUCGCUCGAACUUUAUUAGCAAUGCAAAAAUGCCAGGUUAUGAACCAAAUAGGUUGUCAUGUUCCCCCAAGAGAGGAUAGUACAUGGCCGGGAGGUCCAGUCCCUCGUCCUCAUUCACGGAGGGUUUUCUUUCUUCGAUUGUAAUGGCCUCCUUGACUCGGUAAAAACCUUGAUGGUGCUAUUUUUGUCAGAUAGAACUUUAGCAUUGUAGGGGUUGAUGUGGUGACCGCCGUUGCUCGGCAGUGUUCGAAAACGACAAAAGUUUCACGGGAUUGGUGUUCUUUGAUCCGGGUACAAAGGGAUUUUGGAAGAAUACUUUAUAAGAAUUUUGGCUUGUAUAUUUAAGUGUUGGUGUCUGAACUGACGGCUAACUGGCUGUUGAUCAUGGGCAUAAACUCUUCCUUAAAUUAGUUAUCUGUUAUUAUGUGAUGCUAAAAUUUGAUUUCCCUUUCUCUACCUUUACAACUAGAAUCAUCUUGCCGAAAAAAAUCUUGUUCAUAGAGACCUUGCAGCUCGUAACGUCCUUGUUGGCCAUGACAAUCGGGUGAAAGUGUCUGACUUUGGGUUGAUGCGACAAAUCUAUGAAGAUGUGAAGGGCUCAGAAAAGUCCAAGAAACUUCCCGUCAAAUGGAUGGCUCCAGAAUCGCUUUAUCGAGGCAACUUUACCAUCAAGAGCGAUGUGUGAGUAGAAUAAGACCUUCACUUUAACGCUAGACUAUAUAUCUCAUCGUAUGAGUCUCGUACUGGAUUAAAUUACUUUUAAUAGUCUUUUCCGAACUGACUUUUUUAUCCCCGACGACGUAUACGUAAUUUUUUCGCGGAAUAUCUCUGUAAGUUCUCGAACGCCAUCUCGUUAUGGCAAAGUUUGGGUUCAAAUUUUGCCAACUGAUUUAUAUUAGUAGGAUUUUGCUGGCCUCUGUAAAACUAACCCUUGAAAAGGCAAAGCGUGAAUAUCCUUCCUCAAAAUCUUCUUAGCCUUGACCGUCUGACUAUACCGCUCUGUAACCAUUUUGUUGUUUCUUUCCUAGCUGGUCCUACGGCGUACUUCUGUGGGAAAUGGCCACACUGGGUAUGCAUACUUAGAGAUUUAUUUACUUUCCUGAUUACAAAUGCUUGCUUACUUUUCCUCGUUUCUAAUAAAAAACACUGACUCAUAUAAUUUUUUUGGUCCAGGCCCCAGUUGUUCAUUCCCAGAUUCCGUCUUUUCCAGCUCUCGCGCGUUUGCCUCUUAAUUCCCUCACACGUAACAUGCUCGCACGAAAGACAAUAGGCCGUGUCCAGGUUGCCCUAGACUACGAGUAGUCCCCCAUUUUUCCUCAGGGAUAGUAGAGCGAGUGAAACGCGAGCGCUCGUGAAAAUCACUCCACGCGAGAAAAGGCGACACGCGGCGGGGAGAGAGAAAAAUGAAGCCUUUUCUCGCGUGGGGUGAUUAGGAAAAAUGGGGGACUACUCGUAGUCUAGGGUUUCCCCAACCCACUGUUUCAAAGCGAGGCUAAGUGUGAAGCCACUGAUAUGAAAAUGAGUUUUUUUACUUUCAUGCAAAGGUAACUCAUUAUCACAAGAAAGGUUUUGCACUCGUUUUGAAAGUGAGGGUUUUUGUAACUAGGAAAUGGCCUUUCCUGAGGGACUUUGCAGUCUACGACCUGAACAAAUAACGUGAAAAUGAUUGUCAAACUUACUGCCCAGCUUUUUCUGAAUAACUGAUUUUCUUCUUCUGUUGGAUCCAGGAGGCGUACCAUACCCUACGCUGACCAACACAGAGCUGUAUCGCCUGCUCAGCUCUGGAUACCGAAUGGAAAAACCUGACAUGAGCUCUGAUGAAGUGUAAGUUGAUCGCUCCAGUGAUUUGAGGAUAUGUUAUCAUGCAGAAUUAUAACAAAAUUUUACUUUAAAAAGAGCUUAGUACGACUUUGCCCUUUGAAUACGAACAGUUGGUUCCCAGGGUCAAGAUCUCCUACUCUCCCUACUCGCUCCGGGGCAUGAAAAGGAAACUCGGACCAUGUGAACGAGGCUGUAGAGUCCGGCCACUGAUGGUCACUGAUUAUGUAUACGGCUGGCUCCGCAAGCGAACAAAAUGAAGUAAAUCUUGCGAGAAAGGAAUUGCCCGCGUUCUUUUCAGAAGAAAAACAACCUCCUUCAGUGGCAUUCUUGUGGGACAACACAGACUCCUCUUUUUUUCACGUACAGUUAGUGGUGAUGGGCCUAUUAGCCUUUUCCCGCUUCAAGCCUCCAUUUGCGCGUGCGCCUGAUCAUUUUUUUCUCUAACUGCUGCUGUGGUGCCAAACAAGGUUGUCCAAAAACGCUUAAAUGUACCAUAUAUCCAUUUUUAAGGAUAAUGACCCAAAAACUAAGAAGUGAGUUGACAAAUCAGGAUCUCAGGAUUAGUUCUAUGACAGACUUUUAAAGUGUUUGAAUACAACACCAGUUUAGUUUUCUUCAGCUGCAUAUACUCUAAGAGACCUCUGAAAUGUCUUAAACAACUCAAAUGUGGUUGAUUCUGUGCUGAAAGUUUGUAAAGUUCCCAUCUCUGACCAUUCCUCAUCCAGCCACAGUUUUUAACUCUCAAUUUCCCUUCGAUUACCGCUGACUGGCAUGGGUUGUUUUUUGCAGUACGUCUCUAGGCCUUAUUGCGCCAGGCCGAUGCGUUUCGGGUCAAUUGGUCCGAAAGAUUUUUUCUCGGAUACGUCGCCGAAAUGCAUUGACCGAGACAGGACUGGAAAGACACUGUACAGGGACUAGGCAAGGUUGUUGUAUUUCCUAAACAAAAACAUGACCGCUGAGGAGCUAAUUGGAGAGAAUUAUAAAUCGGUUUGUUUUUAAUUGUCUUCGACAGAUAUGAGUUGAUGACAGAGUGCUGGAAGGAAGACCCAAGAGCUCGACCCAGUUUCUACCAGAUGAUAGAAAAACUGGAGAUCAUCAUGCAAAAGGAUGCACCAUAUUUGGAUGUGAACAAGCAUAAUGAAGACCAUCCAUACUAUAACGUGCCUCCAAAUCUGGAGUAAAUACUAAUGAAGAACGCUACGUAGGACCCGCGGUUUCUAAUUAACCUCAACAUUUUAUUAACUCGUCAACGGAGAUUCCCUUUUUAAAAUGGCCCCCUUAUUAAACUUAACCGUACGGUAAAUAGCGAAAUUAAGCAAUUUAUGAGCUAAGAGUUUGUGUAACAGAAAAAAAAUUAAUGCAAAGUAUUAUGUGAAAAUUUCAACGUUUACUGUUCUGAUCUUAUAGCGAUGAUUAUACAUGAUGUAUGCGUAUGAGUUCUAGUUGCGUUACGUGUUCAAAAUGCCUCCACAUCUGGAGUAACUGCUAAUGAAGAAUGCUACGCAGGGCCGGCGGUUUCUAAUUAACCUGAACAUUUUAUUAACUCGUCAACAGAGAUUCCCUUUUUUAAAUGGCCCCCUGAUUAAACUUAACAGUACGGUAAAUAGCGAAAUUAAGCAAUUUAUGAGCUAAGAGUUUGUGUAACAAAAAAAAAUAAUAAUAAAGCAAAGUAUUAUGUGAAAAUUUCAACGUUUACAGUUCUCAUCUUAUGGCGAUGAUUAUACAUCAUGUAUGCGUAUAAGUUCUAGUUGCGUUACGUGUUCAAAAUGUGAUACUAUAGAAGAAACAGAAAUGUAA